UUUCUUAAGUGAUAUAAAAUGGACGAAACCCGAUAAUUAUGUAUAGUACUUUUAUUAAACAAAGAUUAUAAAUAUUAUUUUACUAUUGUUUUAAAAUGAAUAAUUAAAUUAUUCUAACUAUAAAACCUUUUUCUGAAAAAUAUAAUAAAGGAUGUAUAUACUAAGAAAGCGUUUCUACAAUAAUUACUUACUUAUAUUUGCAUUAACUUUUGUUUUUGUAUUGUUCUUUUGUGAAUAUUUUAUAUAUUAUAUAGUGCUUACACAGUGUAAUUGGCCAUCCUUAGACCCACAUAAGACUGUUUCGUCUGUUGAUUCAUCAAAGCAUAAUGAACGUCCUGUACGAGCAAUGUUUAUUUCUGAUACUCAUUUACUUGGUCCAAAAAAUGGUCACUGGUUUGAUAAAUUGAGAAGAGAAUGGCAAAUGUAUAGAGCAUUUCAAACGUCAAUAGCAAUUCAUAAACCCGAUAUAAUUUUUAUUUUAGGUGAUAUAUUUGAUGAAGGUGAUUGGUCUAAUGAUAAGGAAUUUGACAAUUAUGUAUCAAGAUUUCGUUCACUGUUUUCUGUGUCAAAUGGCAUUCGCCUUUAUACUGUAGCUGGAAAUCACGAUAUAGGAUUUCAUUAUGCCAUAACACCUUACUCAAAUCAAAGAUUUGUAAAUAAAAUGAAAGCACCCAGUGUUCGAAGAAUCAGCUCAAAUGGUAAUCAUUUCAUCUUAAUCAAUAGUAUGGCACUAGAAGGAGAUGGUUGUUUUCUGUGUAAAUCUACAGAAAUUGCAAUAAAUAAAGUUGCUGAUCAUUUAAAAUGUGCGAAAGGAAUACGUAAUAAUUGCACUAAAAGUGAUGAAUUAUCCAUAUACAGUCGGCCUAUUCUUCUUCAGCAUUAUCCAUUGUAUCGUAUAUCUGACGAAAUAUGUAAUGAACUUGAUGAAGCACCACAUAAAAUAAAACGUUUACAAUUUCGUGAACGAUGGGAAUGUUUGUCAAAGGAAGCAUCUGAACAAAUGAAUUUAAAGCUUUUAGAUAUUUUAAACCCAAGACUGGUUAUUGGUGGUCAUACUCACUAUGGUUGCAGAAGAAUACACAGAGAUGAUAUUUUGGAAUUUACAAUCCCCUCUUUUAGCUGGAGAAAUAUCAAUAAUCCAUCUUUCCUGUUGGGUAUAUUCACUCCAAGUAAUUUUUCUGUAUCAAAGUGUUACAUGCCAGUUGAAUCUACUGUGAUCUUAAUAUAUAGCAUAAGUAUAGUAUGCUUUUUCGUAUGUUUAAUUAUAAAAUAUAUACCUAAAACAAUUCUAAUUGUAUUUUUGAAGGUGAAAUCAUAAUAUUAAUCUGAUCUUUUAUAAGUUCCUACAUAUUUAUAGUCCUAUUGUUUCAAUAUUCUAAAUAAAAUACAGAGAAAGGAAAUUUUA